AUGGCGACAGACGACGAACCGAAGCAGUGGUACAAUGCCGCACACAGGGUUCUUGAAGAACUUGGCCUUGUCUCUCUUUAUAACUCUACCACCGACGUCAAGAUCCUUUGCACUCAAAGGUUCAUCCGCCUUUUCGCCUAUGGUUCAUCGACACUUGUUCUGGUUUCCUAUCUGAGGGAGCUGGGAAUUUCUCAGACACAGAUUGGCCUUUUCAUGACGCUGACCCUGGCGGGCGACAUUAUCAUUAGCUUCCUGCUUGCCCUCUUCGCUGAUGGUGUUGGUCGAAGAGCCGUUCUCGCUCUAGGAGCCAUCCUCAUGGUUGGUAGUGGACUUGUCUUUGCUACCUUUGGCAACUAUUGGAUAUUGCUGGCUGCUGCCAUCUUUGGUGUCAUCAGUCCUGGUGGAAACGAGAUUGGUCCCUUUCGCGGUCUUGAGGAGAGUAUCAUUGCUCACGUCACGGACCCUGAAAGGCGAAGCGAUGUCUAUGCUUGGUACAGCCUCUUCGGCACUGCGGGAGCUGCAUUUGGCAUCUUGACCUGCGGUUGGGUAACUCAUUACAUGCGCGUCAGCCUCCACAUGGACGUUGUCGAUGUCUACCGCAGAGUAUUUUACGGAUACGCCGUUCUUGGUCUGCUGAAGCUGGUCGCAGCUAUUGUCCUGAGUUCCGACGUGGAAAUCCACCAUGAGCCACAGCCUAUGCCAGCUGCUGCCCACAAUGAUGAACAGACACCUCUCAUUCCUGGUAACGACCCCCAACAAAGGCAGCCUUCUCCAAAGAAGCAACUUCGGGCAAGAAUCUCUCACGAGAGCGUUCCUAUCGUCGUGUGCCUUUGCGCUUUGUUUGCCCUUGAUAGCUUUGCUUCAGGUCUCGCUCCUCUCUCAUGGAUUACCUACUUCUUCAAGUCGCACUACCAUAUCGAAGAAGGAAAACUGGGAUCCAUCUUCUUCGUCACGAGUAUCAUCGCCGCCGCAUCCAUGAUUGUGGCAUCCUCUCUCGCGAAGCGCUUUGGAAACGUCCGGACAAUGGUCUUCACUCAUCUCCCAUCUGCCAUCUUCUUGGCUCUCAUUCCAAUCCCAGACGAAGUCCACCUAUCUGUCCUGUUUUUGACUCUUCGAGCCUGCACGCAGUCCAUGGACGUUGCGCCACGAUCCGCAUUCCUCGCUGCCAUCGUUCUGCCUCAGGAACGAACCGUGGUCACCGGGCUUAUCAAUGUGGCCAAGACCGGUGCCCAGAGCCUGGGACCUCUCAUCACUGGACUGCUUGCGGACUCAGACUACUUUUGGGUGUCGUUCAUCAUGGCUGGUACGCUGAAGGCUAGCUACGAUCUAGGCUUCCUCGCCCUGUUCAAGAACCACGAGAGGGUGGAGGCGAGAAGAAACCGCCAGGACCAUGAAGCCGCCGAGGAGUAA